AUGCCCCUGGUGACGGUUGUUGAUGGGUUCCCUCUCUGGUUUUGCAGUAACAAGUGCCUUAAUGAGAAGCGACGCAGAGAGCAGGAGAACACGUACAUCGAGGAGCUGGCAGAGUUAAUCCAAGCCAGCAUCGCCUCUGACAUGAGCUCACUCUCUGUCAAGCCGGAUAAGUGCGCCAUCCUGCAGCAGACGGUCAACCAGCUGCUCCCGCGACACGACAGUAGCUGCUCCCGCGACACCGACAGUAGCUGCUCCCGCGACACCGACAGUAGCUGCUCCCGCAACACCGACAGUAAAGCCAGCAGCAACACCGACAGUAAAGCCAGCAGCAACACCGACAGUAAAGCCAGCAGCAACACCGAGAGUAAAGCCAGCAGCAACACCGACAGUAAAGCCAACAGCAACACCGAGAGUAAAGCCAGCAGCAACACCGAGAGUAAAGCCAGCAGCAACACCGAGAGUAAAGCCAGCAGCAACACCGAGAGUAAAGCCAGCAGCAACACCGACAGUAAAGCCAGCAGCAACACCGAGAGUAAAGCCAACAGCAACACCGAGAGUAAAGCCAGCAGCAACACCGAGAGUAAAGCCAGCAGCAACACCGACAGUAAAGCCAGCAGCAACACCGACAGUAAAGCCAGCAGCAACACCGACAGUAAAGCCAGCAGCAACACCGAGAGUAAAGCCAGCAGCAACACCGACAGUAAAGCCAACAGCAACACCGAGAGUAAAGCCAGCAGCAACACCGACAGUAAAGCCAGCAGCAACACCGAGAGUAAAGCCAGCAGCAACACCGACAGUAAAGCCAGCAGCAACACCGAGAGUAAAGCCAGCAGCAACACCGACAGUAAAGCCAGCAGCAACACCGAGAGUAAAGCCAACAGCAACACCGACAGUAAAGCCAGCAGCAACACCGAGAGUAAAGCCAGCAGCAACACCGACAGUAAAGCCAGCAGCAACACCGACAGUAAAGCCAGCAGCAACACCGACAGUAAAGUCAGCAGCAACACCGACAGUAAAGUCAGCAGCAACACCGACAGUAAAGCCAGCAGCAACACCGACAGUAAAGCCAACAGCAACACCGACAGUAAAGCCAACAGCAACACCGACAGUAAAGCCAGCAGCAACACCGACAGUAAAGCCAGCAGCAACACCGACAGUAAAGCCAGCAGCAACACCGAGAGUAAAGCCAGCAGCAACACCGAGAGUAAAGCCAGCAGCAACACCGAGAGUAAAGCCAGCAGCAACACCGAGAGUAAAGCCAGCAGCAACAUUAAUACUAAAGACAUAAAGAGCGCAACAAGUAGCAUCAAGAGCCACAAGAAGAGAGGAGACGGCAACAGUGGGCAUAAUAUCAACUAUAGCAACAGCCGCACCUGUAAUAACAUAUUACAACAUGCUGGCGUGAAAGAGAUGUUAGGAAGUGUAUCAAGCAGUAGCACCAACAGUAGCGACAGUAGCACCAACAGUAGCGACAGUAGCACCAACAGUAACGACAGUAGCACCAACAGUAGCGCCAGUGGCACCAACAGUAGCGCCAGUGGCACCGACAGUAGCGCCAGUGACACUAACAGUAGCGGCAGUGGCACUAACAGUAGCGGCAGUGGCACUAACAGUAGCGGCAGUGGCACUAACAGUAGCGGCAGUGGCACUAACAGUAGCGCCAAUGGCACCACCAACAAUCACGAUGGAAUCAACGAGACAGAAACAAUGAGGAGGGGCAACAAUCAUCUGGACAAUAGACACCCGGGACUAUUGUGA